CGAACUCCACACUUCCAUGACAGCCAACGAAUCGCUAUCCUACUGGAUUUCAAGGGGAUAGCCUUGACAUGAUGUGUGAUGAGAUCCAUCUUGGGCGAGCGUCCUGUCUUCUCUGCAGACAACCGGUAAAGGCUGGAUCGGUUGUCUUUGAUUUGAAUCAAAGUCGGUUUACUGUUCCAGAGUGUAGAAUGCCAUGUUACCGCUGUUUAAUAUUCACAAAUCCGGCAGUUUCCUUUCACGAGCAAUGCUACAACACCUUGGAAGACAGCUAUAAAACUUCCGAAAAACCCACUUUUGAUGACUUGCGGAAAUUCGCAGAUGCUGUCAAACCCCUGUACAAACCUCAAGACAAAGAACAAAGAGAUGCUGCAUCUGUUCGGGAAGGGCUCUUUAGCCGUUAUACACAGCAUGUAAUGGAAAACAGUUUCAGACAAGAGUUGCUUGGGCAAUUACCGGCAGAGGUCCAAGCCAUAAUAUUGGACUUUAUCAGUCCAUGCUGGUACUUAAUAGUGCUUGGUGAGACACGCCGAUUGAUUGAACAGUUGCGGAAUGUUGCCGAAACUCGAUGUGGACGAUUCAGCUUGGCACAAGAGAUUUACAUAACCAGGACGAAAUAUCAAGGCAUUUCCUACAUUUCAGGAAUCAGUAACACCCCACUUGAAUCACGACUCCUAGGCAUCUCCGACAGACUACGCCUAAAGCUACCGGCACAUGUCAGAAAGAUCGUCCUAUCAGUGGACCAUAUUGGCGUACGCCGAGUACAGUUUAUGGAUCAAAACUCGGACCCCUCGCCAGAUGGGUCGCCAUGGUAUGAAAUCAUCGAUGUUCCAAGCUCCCAUGUGGAGGCCCAUGUUAGCUGUGAUGGCUUGUUUGUCAGAAGCAUUCGGCUCCUCUCAGAAGAUUCAUAUAGCAGGCCCAGGACCUGGAGCAGUCCAUAUCCGCCAAAAGUCCAGCCGAGGAACAUUUAUCACACUCGGGAUAACUGCCGGCUACAUUAUGUGAAGCUCAAUGCUGAUGUUCAAGGCCUUCUCGUUUGUUGUUCCAAUGCUAAAAAUAUCGGGAUUCAUGCUUUCACAAAAAACACGUCAAAGGCGUUCAAAGCCUUCGUCGCCUUGAUGAACCAACGCUCAAAUAAAAGUCAUGUUUUUUGGGUUUUCUUCCCGAUUAACGUUGGAGAAUCCAUUGAAGCGGCUUGGAUUCGAAAAUUUAAAGGCCUCAAUGGACCAGGUUCCAACCCUGUACUAGUCAUCAAAACGACUUUAGGAAGAAUAGCCACAUUCGGACCACACCCACCAGUCCAGCUGCAACAACAGGUUUACGAGUUUCAUCCCUUAGUUGAGGAUGGGGACGGUGUUAUUUCAGGGAUUUUUCACGAUGGACUAGAUCCAGCAUCAGAUUUCAUUGCGGACCUUGGAGUCACCUGCAACCAGCACCAACGUUGCACCAAACCCCCGGAGCCCGAGCCCGCCCUUUACCACUAUAGCGCGCCCCCAAUCCCACCCCGUGGUGGCUCACUAGCGACGUCUUGGUACCUGACGACGGCGCCCCUCAAAGGUCUUCUGAAAGUGCGAGUCUGCAGGGAUCAAGAACAGUUGCAUCACCCCUGCCUCGGUCUUCUCCUAUAUUACCAGAAUGGACAAGUUGAAUCCCUUGGGCAGAUCCGUUGGGACCAAGACCUUUCGCAUGAGGUUCUCGCACCUAUACGGAUCCAGAGUGCUGAUAUUAUCGAUGAAACUGAUAUUAUCGAUGGAAGAAGAAAGAAUCAUAUUAAGAAUGUUCAAAGAGACGCACUACCGGCGGAUUCUGGGCUGCUUGAUGAGGGAGUUGAUGAAUGGCUAGUAUUGCCAGAAUAUGGGACGAUCGUCUGGUGGUUUGGUCAUAUAGGAGACAGGGUUGUUAUAUACAAUGAUUAGGUAGGUUUUGUUAAGCCUCAGGGAACUCAGAUGCGGAGUAUCCUUGUACUAUACAACGC